UAAUGGGAAAGUCUGCUUUCUUCAACACAAAGCAAGUGCGAAACGUGGACUGGUGUAAAGAGGAAGUAACGUAAAAUAACAGCAAACAAUAUAGAGUUUAGAGAUCUGGAUCAUCAGCAGCAUAUUUCGGAUAAAAACAUACGUUUCUUCAUUAAAGAUCUUUUAAAGAGGCAAGGCAGCAAGAAGAUGAAGAGUGAAGUGAGUGCUGCUGUGAACUUCCUGAAGCGCUUAGCCUUGGAGCGAGGACAUGUCGAGGAAGACAAGGCUAAAGUGUUCGCUGCUAAACUGCAAGAGCUGUUGUGUGAGAAAUUCACAGGCCACUGGUACCCGGAAAAUCCUAACAAGGGCCAGGCAUACAGAUGCAUCAGGAUGAACAAGAGCACCCCAUGUGACGAGUCUGUGCUACAAGCCUGUGAGGAAAGCAAGCUAAGGCCAUCGGAGCUGGGUCUCCCUCGUGAGAUUACAUUAUGGAUUGACCCGCUUGAGGUGUCCGCACGGUCAGGAGAAAAUUGCAGGCAUUUCACAGUGGCUCAUUUUAGUGCGGAAAAGAAGAAGGAUGAGGAGCUUGAAGAUAAGAUGUCCAAAUUGCAUAACGAUAGCUCCACCAACACCAAUUCAUUGAACCUGGAGACAUCGGACUAUCAUUCGGCGACCUCCUCUGACUGCGGCUCGGAUGAUUCCAGUGAUGCAGAGGAGGAGAUAAAGGAAGGAAAGGUGGAGAGCGCGAAAGAGAAAGUGAAUAAUGAGAAACGUGCCGAUUACAAGCCUUUUGUAAUUGCUAUGAGACCCAGGGUGAGGGAGCCAAAACCACGGAAAAUUCCCACAUCUCAACUUGCUGGACUUCAAUACUUCUACCACCCAACAGCAGUGUGGCCUCAGUAUAAGAAGAAGAGUGGUAUACUGCUCACGACCGUGUGCACUCCCCCACCUGCUCCUGUUCUAGGCUACUACGUUUUCCAGAAACCAUCACCACAGUUCAUCAUGCCUCAUGCCAAUCUGCAGCCCUGGGGGGUUGCUAAAGGGUAGAAGGCACUAGGAAAGAUGAGUACAAGAUCAUAUGAUACCUGGCUUCAAGUGAACUGACCUGGUUUUCACUGACAUGUUAUGUUUAUUAUAAUCAGUAUAUUAGAAAUAUAAUUUGACAUGCUAAUUCGUAACUUAUUUCCUUAUGUUAUCAAUAACAACAAAAACCCUUCACAUAAGCACAAUUAGGGGUUGCGGCGGAAACUGAAAUCAUCUCUCUCUCUUUCUCAAAUAAUAUAAAAUGUAUGUAUGUGUUACUUUUUCAGGUUUACUAGCUUUCUCCAGUAGUAUAAAUAUGCUUUGGGGACCAUUAUAGAAUUAGAGCAUGAAGGUGCAUAAUGAAAUACUAAAAUAUAUAUUUUUAUAUGAUUUGGAACAGAAAAAAAUUUAAAUCAUCAAAUUAUCACUUUAAUGACGUGUAUAAUAGCUUCCUUGUCAUUUCAAAUGAUCCAAACUGAUUUAAUGACUGAAGCAAAGCAAUGGAUCUUUAAUUUUUCGUUUUGAACUAUUUUAAUCAGGGCCCACAUAUGGUGCAUCAACCACAAUUGUAAUGCAACUGUGCUGAAGUACACCGUUAUUUUCUUUUGCUUAUGUCGAAAUCAUGGUUGGGAUGACAUUUAAUUUCUUUACCAAAUGUGAUUUUUUUUUUUUUUUUCAAAUCUGGUAGGCUAUUAAUGACUAAAACAUGAUAUUUUAGAAAAAAAUACGAUCUGUUCUCUCAGGUAUGUCAGUGCGUCACCUUUAUUCUUUGCCUUUUUAUGCACGUGCAUAGUUUAAAUCCAAAGAGUGCAAGCUAGGCUGCACUAAAAAUACUGUGACCUUUUGUGCAAUACAUGUCAUGCUGUAGCUCACAGUAGUCUGUGACAAACUCUCUCAGGACCGCAUUAAAAAAGGCCAUUGUGUAAAAGAAUCACGGAAAGUCCUGUAAAGUGGUCAUUGUGGUGCGUUGUGGUUCUUGUGGUUUCAUUUUACUUUAGAGCUGGCAGAUGUUUGUGUGUUGCCAAAAGCAGUGUAUAGUAUUAUAGUGCCAUGCUUAGAGCUUUUUUUAUUGCUGUAUUUUUUUUGCUUUCCACAGCAAUUUUCUUUUAAUAAUAUGCCAUUGUACAGUAUAGUGUAGAGUAUUUCUAAAGCAUUCUGUCAAGUGCAGUGUAGAGCAUAGCUUUGUAAGAAUGUCAUGCUUUAAAUCAUUAAAUCAGUGUAGUAUGAAAGAUAUGGGUUUUAUUUUUUACAAUAAAGAUUAAGUGAAUAUCUUACAGCUGCAGUUCGCCAUUGUAAAAUAGCUCAGGACACUGGAAUUGGUCCAUAAAGCUUCCUGUAUUGUUGUUACAUUCUGUUUGCUUUUACAUUUUCUUUCCUUUUAUUCUUGUGCCUUUUACUGUAAUCCUAUUUAUUUCUUUUUAUUAUUCUUUUACCUACAAGCCAUGUUAAAUGAUGCCAAGCGUGUAAAUUUUGUGUUAUCCUGUAUCAUGUAUAUUUUUAAUUAAAUAACACUUUUUAUAUGCAGUUUUUUACCUAAA